GUUUGAAUAGUUGCCUGAUAAUAGAUUUUGAAGAAGGUUGUGUUUUUUGAAAGGUAAUUGGUAGAUGUUUACGUCUUAAGAAAUUUCACAAUCAUCAGUAGUCCUUCAAUGUACGAAAAAAUAACGAGUAUCCAGAAAAGACUUGACGAUCAUUCAAGGAAAUAAAAAAGUAUAUAGCUACAGAUUCUCUUGUUCUUGUGAACAAAUCGGCAUAGUUUUGAUUUGUUAGUACAUGUUAAAGACAUACAGUACAAGUGCCCAUGUUUCAUUGUAGUAACGGUCCUAGCAGCAUGUAUCAAGGAAGACAUACAACUCCUACACAAUCUAGUGGUCAACCGUAUCCCAAAUUUUCUGUAUCAGAAGCUUGUGACCGUAUAAAAGAAGAAAUUAGUUAUCUUCAAGCCCAAAAUCAUAGUCUGAAAUUAGAAUGUGAAAAAUUGGCAUCGGACAAGACAGACAUGCAGCGAGCAUAUGUAAUGUACUACGAAAUGUCAUAUGGCUUGAACGUAGAGAUGCACAAACAAACGGAAAUUGCUAAAAGAUUAAACACAAUAUGUAGUCAAUUGCUACCUUUUUUGUCACAGGAGCAUCAACAACAAGUUCUACAAACAAUUGAUCGUGCUAAGCAGGUUACAAUGUCUGAAUUAAAUGCGAUAAUUGGGCAACAAUUACAUCAACAGGGAUUGCCACACACUCAUCCACCAGGCGUUAGCUUGCCACAUCCUGGACUACCACCACCUCAUCUUCCUAAUGCAACAAGCUCUGGUUUGUUAACUCUUUCCACUGCUUCUGCAACUCGUCUACCUGUUAAUAAAGGAGAAAAAGAAGGUAGUGCAAAAGAAGAGCUGCCCCUAAGAGGAUCAGCGCUUUAUAGAGGCACAGCUGAUAGUCAUUCUUCACAUGGUAGUGAUGAUGGCCAUGCUGAAGAUUUGAACAGCAGAAAGCUAAUGAAUUAUGAGAAGAGAGGAGAUCAUGGAUCGAUGCCAACCAUGCCAAGUAUAAAAAGUAAUGUAAAGAAGUAUAAAGACGUAAAAGAUGAAAGCGAUCAUGAGAAAAGUGAUGGUGAACUGGUGGUAGAUGAUCAAAAUGACGAUCGAUCAUCUCCAGCAGUUCUUAAUCGAAAACGUUUGGCAAAUGGAGAUUCCUCUCCACCGCGAAGCAAUUCUGUUGACAAAAAAAUUAAAAAAGAAUCUGGACGUGACAGUGCAGACAGAACAGAUAGGGGGAAAUCACCUGUUCCAUAUGUUGGUUCAAUCAAACAUGCAAAGCAAAGUGAUUCUUCAAAGGGUGCUGGUAGCCCUGGCCAUUCGUCUCCUGUAGCAAAAGUUUCACCUAUCAGAAACGGUCCAUAUCCUCCUUUUCCACACAGUGUUUCCAAUGAUGUUAGUCCCGGUAUCCACCCAGACAUGUUAAGAGCUCAGAGGGUUCAACCUGUUUUCGAUCCUACUCGACCUAUUGGUGGAAUGCUUCCAAACUUCCCUAGUAAUAUACCCAGUGGAAAACCGGCUCACUCUUUUCAUUGUAUGGGUGAAGGGACGUGGUUACCUGUACCAUUUCCCCCGGAUGCACUUCUAGGUCCUAACAUACCUCGGCAUGCUCGGCAACUUAGUACGUUAAAUCACGGUGAAGUUGUUUGUGCAGUCACGGUUAGCAAUCCCACUAGACAUGUGUAUACUGGUGGAAAAGGUUGUGUGAAAGUAUGGGAUAUCAAUCAAGCACUCGGACAAUCAACAAUAAACAAACCAGUUUCUACUUUAGAAUGCCUAAGAGAUAUAUACAUCAGAUCCUGUAAAUUAUUACCCGAUGGCAGAACGCUUAUCGUCGGUGGCGAAGCCAGUGUGUUGACUAUUUGGGACUUGGCUGCGCCUUCACCUCGCAUUAAGGCUGAGCUCAAUUCGAAUGCUCCAGCGUGUUAUGCUUUAGCUAUUAGUCCAGAUUCUAAAGUCUGCUUCAGUUGUUGUAGCGAUGGGAAUAUUGCCGUACUUGAUCUCCAUAAUCAGACCAUAGUUCAACAGUUUCAAGGACAUACCGAUGGUGCCAGCUGCAUCGAUAUAUCACCUGAUGGUACCAAACUUUGGACAGGUGGUCUCGAUAACACAGUACGCUCCUGGGACCUUCGUGAAGGACGUCAACUGCAACAACACGACUUCCAGUCACAAAUUUUCUCACUCGGUUACUGUCCAACUGGUGAUUGGCUUGCAGUCGGUAUGGAGAGUAGUAACGUUGAAGUUCUCCACGUAAACAAGCCUGAUAAAUAUCAACUUCGCCUGCACGAUAGUUGCGUGCUCUCACUCAAGUUCGCCAGCAGUGGCAAAUGGUUUAUCAGUACUGGAAAAGACAAUCUUCUAAACGCUUGGAGGACGCCGUAUGGUGCUAGUAUAUUUCAGUCGAAAGAAUCGUCGUCUGUAUUGAGUUGCGACGUUUCAGUUGAUGACAAAUACAUCGUGACCGGAUCCGGUGAUAAGAAAGCAACUUUAUACGAAGUAAUGUAUUAGCUGUUGCAAGACCUACCAUAUUUGAUCUCGAAAGUGCCAUGUCACUACGAAAAGCUGCAAAUGCGCAUCUGUGGAAGAGAUUACAGUAGAAACGAUUGAUGGAAUCUGACCAGUAAAAAACAGAGAUAAAAUAGCAGCUUGUCAGUUUAUAUAAAUUUGAGCGAAUCGCUGACAACAAAAACAAAAUAGUCGACCAUAUUGGUUGUAAAAACAGUAAUCACUGCAUAUGAUUUGGACAUCAUUGAAUAAGUUUUACCUAGACUUUGCUUGAAAUUUAAGCUAAUAUUUUGUUUGUUUGUUUUCUUAUGCAAUAUAUCCCGGUUGACUUGC